UUGUAAUGAAAGAUAUUGCUUUUACUAGUCCAACUCGGGCAAAGAAAUAUAAAGAAGCUUACAGUAAUGCUAAACAAAACAUUAAAAUAUUGACUUCAGAUGAGGCGUUAUCGAUGGUGGUUGAGGGGAAAUUAACAAAAUCUCAGUAUAACCUCAUUAGAAAUACCGCCAGAGAGCACAACAGUAAUAUGUACCCCAAUUAUGAGGCAAUUAUAUCAGCCAAAACUAAGUGCUAUCCUGAUAAUCUACAUAUCACUGAAUCCGUUGCUGAAGUUUCUUUGCAAAACUUAUUAGAUCAUACAGUGUCUCGACUAUUUCUUAGUAUUGAGGAAGUUACUGAAUAUUUGAAGCCUUUGAAGGUAUUGAAAACCCUUUACCUUAUCACAAAAUGGGGUUGUGAUGGAAGUUCUGGUAUGAGUGAAUACAAGCAAAAAUUUUCAGAUCCCAAUGUAUCUGAUAGUAAUAUUUUUCUCACUUCUAUUGUUCCUAUACAAUUAAUAUCAGGUAAUCCUAAAAUAAAAGGAAAUGUUGUUUUAUGGCACAACCCUCGUCCAUCAUCUCCAAGAUACUGUAGGCCAAUCCGCGUGCAAUUUCUUCAUGAAACGACAUACUCUACAAUUCAAGAAGUGAAAUAUAUUGAAAACCAAAUAUCGCGGCUACAACCCACAUCAGUUACGAUCAACAACUGUAAGAUAAUUGUUAACCAUGAACUAGUAUUUACAAUGAUAGAUGGGAAGGUGUGCAAUGCAGUAUCUGAAAAUUCAUCAACACAAAAGUGCUAUUUGUGUGGUCUUUCAUCAAAAAAUUUUAAUAACAUUGAGUUAGUUAUGAAAACUCAAGUAAUAAAUAAAGAACAUCUACAAUUUGGAUUAUCCUCGUUACAUGCUUGGAUUCGCUUCUUCGAGUGUAUUCUCCAUUUGGCUUACAAACUUGUCAUUCGUAAAUGGCAAGCUCGUGGCAAAGAAGAUAAACAAAAGGUUGCUGAAAAUAAGAAAAAGAUUCAAGAAGCAUUUAGACAGGAAAUGGGUUUAUUGGUUGAUAAACCAAAACCAGGAUAUGGCAGCUCAAAUGAUGGCAAUACUGCUCGACGAUUUUUUGGUGAUCCCGAAACUUCUUCAAAAAUCACUGGGGUCAACAAGGAUCUUAUUUCCCGUUUUAAAGUGAUUUUAGCAACAAUUUCUUCUGGGCACAAGAUAAAAGUAGAACCAUUUAAAAUUUACUGUCUGGACACUGCUACAAGAUUUACGGAACUGUAUCCCUGGUAUAAUAUGCCAACCACAGUUCACAAAAUAUUGAUUCAUAGUGCUGAAAUUAUUUCAUAUGCCAUUUUACCGAUUGGCCAACUUGGAGAGGAAGCCCAAGAAGCACGCAACAAGGAUAUUAAAAGGUAUCGAGAGAGCUUCUCUAGAAAAUUUUCUAGACAGAAAAAUAUGGAGGAUGUUUUCCAUCGCCUUUUGAUAUCCUCAGAUCCCUAUAUUUCUAACUUAAGAAAACUAAUCCCCAAGGAAUUUAGUAAAUAUCCUGCUGAAGUAAUACAUUUCUUGGAAGAGCCUGAUGUUAACCGGGAACUUGCAGAUGAAACAUCCACUUCUGACACACAGUAAAUAAACAUUUGUUUGAGCAUGAUAUUAACACUGUAAUUUCAAAAAAUUAAAAUUUAUUUGAUACAU